AUUUUAGUUAUGAAGGUAAGUAUUAUGAUUAUAAUAAUUUUAGUUAGCUGCAUCUGAAGCAUUCAGGAAACUAAAAUUGAAACAUUAUUAAUAAGCUAAAGUAACUACAACCAAAUUUUAUUAAACAAAACCAUUUUUUUCAAUGCCUGAAUAAAUUGAAAAGGAAUCUGGUGUUUUAGCACCAAAGAGAGUUAAUUAAGUUGAUUUAUUCAAAAGAUAUACUUAUGAAGUAUUACCUGCACUUGAAUAAUCAGUAGAAUUAGAUUUGCUAGAGAAAGUAUUUUAAAAAGUAGAUCCUGUGGUAAGAGAAUCAAUUACAUAAGUAAAUACAAAAAAAAUAAAUUUAAUUAGGCAUAUAUAAGAAAAUAAGUAGAAUAAUUAGCAUAAUAACCAGACCCAUCUACAAUCAAAGAUUUAGAAGAUAAUACUAAAAGUAGUAUGCCUAGAGAAAGAGCAAAGUUAUUUUUAUAAAACUGGUUAGAUUUAAAUCCAAUUUAAAUAGGAAAAUGGAUUCCUUUAAAUUAUGAUUUAUUUAAAAAGACAUUUAAGUUUUUAUCUCCAGGAGAUUUCUAAAAAAAUCUAAUUGAAUUAUCUAAGAAUUUCUCACUUAUGAUGACACUUGAAGGUUUUAAAACAAUGGAUUAUGUGGAUUCAAGUAAAAGAAUACCAUAAAUAUUUAAAUAUUAAAAAUUAUCUAAGGAUAAUUUCAAUAAAGAAGGUUUUUUUAUAGUAAUGUUUAAUGUUUUGAAAGGUGAUUUUAAUGAUCAACUAAAAAAACAUAGAAAUAAUGAAAUAUUUUAAAGAAUAUUUGCUACAAGCGUAAAUUUUGAUGCUUUAUUAACAGUGAUUUUAAGUCAUUGGGAAUUAGUUUAAUAAUUGAGAACUAUGGAGUAGAGAAAAGAAUUCUUUAAAUCUUUAGUGGAUUAAUUAUUGGAAAAAAUAGAUAAAGAACAACCAAAUGCAUCAAUGCCUGAAUUAUUAUUUUCAACAGUAAAAACAUUACAAUUUAAAGACUUUACUUUAGAUUUAACAAAAUAUGUAAAUAAUCCUUUUCCAGUUCCUUAAACUUUGAUAGAUAACAGAUUUGGAGUAUAUAUAAAAUAUAGAAAAUUAGGAAUAAUAUUAUGGCUAUUCAAGUAAUUUACUAUUUUAUGGAGAUCAUGGUGCAGGUAAAUCUGGAGUAUUAAUGUAAGCAAUAAUGUUUGCUUAAUAAACCGGAUGGAUAGUAGCAGUAGUUCCAUCUGGAUAUAAGUAAUUAAUUAUAAUUAAAUAUAAUAGUUGGACAUCAUUAAAAUAUGAAGCUAAAAGACAUCCUAAGACAGGAUUAUAUAUGUAACCAAAAGCAGCUUAAGAAUGGUUGGAAUAAUUUAAAGAAGCUAAUUAAGAACAUUUAAAAACCUUUUUAGUUGAUUUAAGUCUUUAUGGUAAAUUUAAUUUGAGUGGUGUUCAUGAUGAUGAUCCUGAUCCUUGUCCUAAUUUAUAUGAUAAAAGAAGAGAAUAUCAUUUUAAAGAUUUUGAAUAAUUUAUUAAUAAAGAAGAAAAAGAUUUUGAAGAAGCAUAAGAUUAAAUCAUGUCUGCAAGAAUUACAUUAAAAAUACCUAAACCAUAAUAUUUAUCAGAAAUUAUUGAUUAUGGUAUAUCUAAUGCUCAUUAUGCUACUAAUGCAGUCUAUGAAGUCAUGGAAUAACUUUAUAACACUGAUAAAUAUAAAGUUUUAGUUGCUGUUGAUGGAAUUAACUGGUUCUAUAGACCAUCAUAGCUACCAUCUUUUCGUUAUGAAUCUGAUAAAAAUCUUAGGGUAAUUCUUUCUUAUUUAAUAUUUCUAGGGAUAUGUACCACCAUAUCAUAUGUCAUUACCUCGAUUAUUUAUGCAUUUUGAUGGCCAUAAAAUUAAAAAUGGUACAAAAAUAACAGCUUCUUCUAUUUAUAAAUUGUUUUAACAUGAUUUCUAACCUAAACAUAUACUCCUACCAUAAAAAUAUGGUAUAAAAUUAAAUGGAGCUCCUCUGGAUAUGUUUAGGUCAUUUUGUGAAUAUGGUAUUUAAACUGGUAUGUGGAAAUGCGAUGAGUUCUCAUAAAGCACUAUGGAACAAUUUUGGAUGGAAACUUAAGGAAAUUAUUUUGAAACGAUUAAAUGCAUGAAAGUCCAUUGGAGAGAUAUUUGAAAAUGUUAAAUAUUUUUAAUAAUUUAAGAAUAACA